GUGCUUCUCUUGCACAGUCUAUCAAAAACGAUAUUAAACGAAGGAUCCUCGAAAAGCGGAGAAACGAGAUGUUCUUGUGAAUAUUUGUCACUUUCGUUUAUUCAACGAAAUGGCUUCAACGAAUAUUUGGUUCACCUUAUUGCUUUAUUUUGGAUUGGCCUUUGCGUGGAUGGACGAAAGGCCAGUUCUCGAGGCACAAGAUGGUAAUUUAAUUAUAUCCAGCGCAAAGGAUAGAAAUAUCACUCUUAAAGUAUUAGGGAACGGUUAUAUCAAUGUUAAUGAAAUUAAUUUACUUCACGUCGCCUUGGCUGCUCAAAAUGCAACACGUCUGAUGGAAAGAUUGAAAGCUGGGUAUCUCGUUCAAGUGGAUAAUAAUCUCGCAAGGCUAAUCAAUCUCGUUGAAGGUCCUACAGGUUUACAAAGGAGGAUUGCUAUGUUGGAAGGAACGGGAGGAAAUAACUCGCGUUUGCCGAUUAGACGAUUGCCUUAUUCGACUGACAAUUUAACGAGAAAUAGUAUACGUCGUACUAAUGAAAGAAUACGAAGAUUGGAAGAGACAGUGAGAGAGAUCGAAAAUAAGCUGAAAGAAAACGCUUGUCAAAGUAAUCCUUGCGGAAAUGGCGGCACUUGUCAAGAUCUUUACGAAGGAUAUCAAUGUCUAUGCCCUUCUAGUUGGGAGGGACCUAAUUGCAUGACGGACGUAAACGAAUGUGCUAGAUAUCUUGGCACGGAUCUCGGAUGUCAAAACGGAGCAACCUGUUUCAAUUUACCUGGAUCUUAUAGAUGCGAUUGCCAAACUGGCUGGUUCGGACUACAUUGCACAAAAAAGGACUCCAUCUGCAACAGAGAAAACUCUCAAGAACUUUGUGGACACGGUAUAUGUAUCCCUAAACCUGGAGUCGUCACUGGUUACAUCUGUCUCUGCGAUCAAGGAUGGGAAACCGAUGGCAGGAAUCCAGCUUGUACAAGAGACGUAGACGAAUGUGCGGCGAAACAUCCACCGUGUUCCGUAAACCCUCCAGUCACCUGUUUCAAUGCACCCGGUACAUUUUUCUGCGGUGCCUGUCCUCGAGGUUAUACCGGAAAUGGUUAUUACUGCACUGACAUCGACGAAUGUUUGGAGGAUAAUGGUGGAUGUAGUACCUCGCCUCGAGUACAAUGUAUUAACACAAUGGGAUCAAGGGUCUGCGGUCCGUGUCCUCUAGGAUAUCAUGGCGAUGGAGUCUCCUGCAUCUAUGUUGGUCCUUGUAGGAUUAAUAACGGUGGUUGUCACCCGUUAGCAACCUGCAUCGAAAAUCCUGCACUUACCAGCUCUUACGUACAGUGUCGCUGUCCAGCAGGAUACCAAGGUGAUGGAGUUGGUCCGAACGGUUGUCAGCCUGCAACUGAAAUAUCGAAUAAUUCAUGCGUUAAUCAUCCUUGCGUUCAUGGCACGUGCGUUUCUACUUAUCAUGGAUUUCUCUGUAGAUGCGAUUCUGGAUACACAGGGACAACAUGCAAUACUCAAAUCGAUCCCUGCUCGCCUAAUCCUUGCAAGAACAAUGGAGUCUGCGUUGUCACCAGUGGUGCAGUGACCUGCAAUUGUUCUAGCUCUUAUACAGGAAGCAGAUGCGAGACGCAACGACAAACUUGCGGUGGUGUAUCUCGAAAUCCUAUCGGCCACUUAGAGUUUCCUAUUGGUGGGACCACUUACCAACAUGGACUCAGUUGUGCUUGGGUUUUGGUGACCAAUUAUUCUCAAAUCCUGAACGUUACCUUUACAAAUUUUAACUUGGAGGAUUCUACCGACUGUAAAUUUGAUUUCCUUCAGAUACACGAUGGUAGAAAUGCUGGUAGUCAUAUGAUAGGCAGAUUUUGUGGCAACACUUUACCCAAUAAAAAUGGAAACAUUGUUUCAUCUCACAACGCAUUGUAUUUUUGGUUUCACUCGGAUAAUACUGUAGCACACGAAGGAUUCGCUUUGCAUUGGAAUACGAUCGACCCGAUCUGUGGUGGAACUUUGGAAGAGGAUUAUGGUACAAUAACAUCACCUGGUUAUCCGGGAAGAUAUCCUCCUAAUAGAGAUUGCUAUUGGCAUAUAUCUGUAAAAGAGGGAAAAAGAGUACAAUUACAUUUCGGACAACUAAUGCUCGAAGAACAUAUUACAUGCGAAUACGAUUAUGUCGAAAUUACAACAUACAAUAAUGAACCUCUAGGUCGUUAUUGUAAUCAUAGUCGGCCUGGACCUGUCAUUGCACCUGGAAACGAAGUUACACUUUACUUUCACUCAGAUGGCUCAGGUCAAGAUGCUGGUUUCCAAAUUCAUUAUUCAACAGUAGAAGGUAUACCUGGUUGCGGUGGUAUUUUUACUUCGAAUGUUGGCUCUAUCCAUUCUCCUGGUUCUUUGUCAUCCUAUCAAGCAAAUAUAAAUUGCGAAUGGAAAAUACAAUUACGACCUGGUGAGAAAAUACAGAUCACUUGGCAGAAAUUCAGUCUUGAAGAAUCUACCAGUUGUAAUUUUGAUGCGGUCGAGAUUUAUGAUGGUGAUAGUACAAAUUCUCCAUUGAUUGGUAGAUAUUGCGGCGAUAUCAUACCGCCGACUCUUAAAUCGAGUUCCAACAACAUGGUAAUAAUAUUCACGAGUGAUUGGUCCUUCGAAACGGAAGGUUUUGCCUUAUUUUACGAAGUCAUAUGCGGCAAAGAAUUUACCGAUGAAACUGGUGUCAUUACCUCUCCCAUGUAUCCAAAUUCUUAUCACCCUAUGAAAACUUGCAUCUACGAAAUUAUCCUUCCACCAGGUAAAGCCAUCAUUCUCACUAUCCUCGAUUUGGAUUUGGAAGGAAUGGGCAGUGAUUGUUAUUUCGACUCUCUCGAAAUUUUCGACGGUGAUAACGAGAAUGCCACUAAUCUUGCCACUCUCUGUAGCUUCACAUCAUCCGAAUCAUUUUAUUCGACGUACAAUUACAUGUACCUCAAAUUUACGAGCGAUAGUAGCAUUCAAGGUCGAGGUUUUAAACUUAAUUACACCUCUGUAGAUCGGAGAUGCGGAGGGUUGUAUAGAAAUCCUAACGGAAUUAUUCAAUCACCUGGUCAAGACAGUAACUAUGAAAAUAACGAAGAGUGCACCUGGAUAAUCCAGGCACCUCCAGGAUAUGUGGUCCAACUUAACUGGUUGUGGUUCAAUCUCGAAUAUCAAAUACGUUGUAAAAACGAUUACGUUAGCGUUUAUGAAAAUAUUUCGAAAUCGGAAGAUAGUCACUUAGGAACUUAUUGUGGCAAUAAUAAACCACCUAUACUCACUUCUCGAGAACGAACGAUGGUGAUAUUCUUUGAGACCGAUUCGAGCAUCACACUAAACGGAUUUAUGGCUACGUACAUCUUUGUCGAUGUUUCCAAAGUUUGCGGUGGUUACUACGUACAGCAAAGUGGCGUUAUCCGAUCUCCUAACUAUCCAGGAAACUAUCCACGUUCGAGGGAAUGCGUAUGGGUUCUCGAAGCACCCAAUAGACAAAGGGUUACCCUUAUAGUCGAUACCUUCAAGCUUGAAGGUCAUGAAAACUGUAUGUUCGAUUACUUGGAGAUAAGAAAUGGUGGUUACGAUAAUUCACCUUUGAUCGGACGAUAUUGUGGCAGUGAUAUACCAAAACAAAUUGUCAGUCAAACGAAUCAGUUAUAUAUCAAAUUCGUAUCUGAUAAUUCACUAACAGAAGCGGGUUUCAGUAUCGAUUGGGAUAAUACAGCGGAAGGAUGUGGUGGAACAUUAAGUUCCACUAAAGGCGAUAUUAUAUCACCGAAUUAUCCACAAGCAUAUAGCCGAAAUGCCGAAUGCAUCUGGAGAAUCGCUGUUGCCGCAGGCAAUACAAUAGAUCUUUUUAUAAUUGAUCUUGAUUUGGAAGAUCAUGCAAAAUGCAGAUACGAUUAUGUAGAGAUAUCCGAAGGCACCUCUCGUACACGAAAUGACGAACGUUAUUGCCAUACUCAUCCAUCGAUUAUAAAUACAAAAUCGAACAUAGUGACCAUUCGUUUCCGUAGCGACUUUACCAUAUCCGCUCGUGGCUUCCACAUUAAAUAUGAAACCGUAUGUCACAACACGGUACGCGGUUUCUGGGGCGUCAUAGAAUCACCUAAUUUCCCGAACAAAUACGAACAUUCGAUAAACUGUAGUUGGAUAAUCAACGCACCAAUCGGUAACAAAAUUAAUCUGACGUUCUCUCAUUUCAAUUUGGAACAAAUCGGUGAACAAGAUAGUUGUCAUUACGAUUAUCUCGAGAUCAAACAAGGCUCAAACAACCAAUCCAAUAGCGAACUCGGCAAAUUUUGUGGCUCAGACAAUCUUCCUCCAAAAAUUCACUCAACGGAACAUCAAGUUUUUAUCAAUUUCUUUACCGACGAUUAUGUCACCAACAAUGGCUUUCGAUUGGAAUGGUUAGUCGAUGGUUGUGGUGGACAUUUGACUAGACCUUCGGAUAUGUUCACCUCUCCGGAUUAUCCAACACCAUAUCCGCGGUCAGUUAGAUGUGAAUGGCUAAUUGAAGUCGAUUAUAUGCAUAGUAUCGAAAUCACCUUGCACGAUGUCGACAUUGAAAAUCAACAGAUUUGUCAAUACAACUCCGUAACGAUCUACGGAGGGGAAGAUGAAAGUGCACCAAAAUUAGUUACUUUAUGUCAUUCCAAUAAACCGCUUAUCUACACUAGUUCCGGUAACAAAAUGUUCGUCACGUUUGAUGGGAACCCCUUUUACUCUUCUCGCGGUUUUAAAGCGAGCUACAAAAGCAUUCCUUUGAGAUGUGGUGGAAGAUUUACAGUGAACUCCGGCGUCAUUCAUACGACCAAUUAUCCCCUCAAUUACCCGCAUAAUCAAAACUGCGAAUGGUUGUUACAAGUUGAUAAAAAUCACGUGGUGAAUAUUACCUUCGAGGACUUUGAUAUCGAGGAUAGCAGAAACUGUACCGAAGAUUACGUAAAAAUAUUCGAUGGACCAAGCAAAGACAAUUACUUGAUGGGUACUUACUGUCGAAAUCAGCUUCCUCCCUCUUAUAUUUCGACAGGUAACGAAAUGUUAGUUGUUAUGAGAAGCGACAGUAUAAUAUCUGCAAAAGGAUUCAAGGCCAGAUACAAAGCAGCAUGCGGUGCUCGUAUAAUCGUGAAGGACCAAGGCUUGCUCACAGAAUCCAGCGGUAAUAUGAAUAAUGAUUUAUUCAAUUGUACUUGGAUACUCGUAGCCGAAAAUCCUGCCGAUCACGUGACAGUAUCUUUCACGCAUAUGGAUAUCAACCCGUUACAAUUUUAUAAAAACAUGAUUGAAGGAGACCCGUGUUCUAUAGAAUAUCUGCAGGUAAUCGAAGGCGAAUAUAUGGAUGGACCUGUUCUUGGAAAAUGGUGCAGUAACAAAAGUCCUCCACCUAUCACGAGUACUGGAAGUGCUCUCACUAUUCAUCUAUAUGCGAAAGUAAAUGGAUACAGUGAUUUCUCCGCUAUUUACAGUGUCUUAAAUUCUGCUUGCGGCGGAAAUUAUACAUCUGAACACGGAACAAUCGCAUCGCCGGGUUAUCCUAAUUCUUAUCCCCUCAAUUCCGAGUGCAUUUGGAUUUUAAAUACUUCGCCUGGAAACAAAAUAAGUAUAAUUUUUCACGAGUUCAAUAUUCAGCAAAGCGAAAAUUGUGACUUGGAUUAUCUUGAGAUUCGCGAGGAGAAUGGAAUCGGUAAACUGAUAGGCGUUUUUUGUGGCCAAGAAAUCGAUUCAAUCACAUCCUCGAGCAAACUUUGGAUCAAAUUCAAAAGCGAUAGCGAAAGUGCGGCUAAAGGAUUCCUUGCCGAUUAUAGUUUCAUAUCAGGAAACGAACUUUCGGGACCAAUUGGUCGAAUCACUUCGCCUUUGUAUCCUCUCUUAUACAAAACUCCGGGUACUUAUUCGUGGCGAAUCACCGUUGAAGUCGGAUAUGUCAUUCAAUUGGAAUUGAAAGAAAUAAUUUUAGAGAAUUUCGAUUUAAGUUGUGAAAGUUCGUUGAAGAUCUAUGAUGGUUACAAUGACGAAGCACCGAUCUUGUUGGAACAAUGUUCUCGCGUGGCACCUCCACCAUUCGAAACUUCGAGUAACAUGGUUUACAUCGUUAUGAAAACUUAUUCCGGUGGAUUUGGCGAUAAAUUUGAUCUUAACUGGCUUCAAAUACCAAAAUCUAUCGUCGAUGAAAAGAAAAUGAAGGAAAUUAAACUCUCGAAAUGUAGCGAAGAAAUGGCCUUGACAAACGAGGGCAAUAGUAGUUAUAUGUUCUGGUCUCCUGGUUGGCCACAUGGUUACGAAGAUAAUCUUGAAUGUUCUUGGAUCUUUACUUCACCUCCGGGAACUCAUCUUGUCCUAAGAAUAAUGUCGAUAAACUUGGAAGAAAGUCCCGAUUGUAUAGCUGAUUACGUAGCCGUUUAUUCGGGAAAUGCCAUAACUUCAACGGAAAAUAGUGUCCUCGAAAAAAAAUUGUGUCUCUUCAAUGAAACUUGGAUCAAGAUAACAACGAAAAAUGUCAUGACAGUCAAAUUUAUUUCAGACACCUAUCUCAAUAAGACUGGCUUUAAAGCUCAAGUUUACAGAGAAUGCGGUGGAGAUUUAACGGGACCAAACGGAGUGAUAGAUUUCAAUAAUAAAACUAUUAUAAGUGGAUUAAGUAUUUGGCGUUUCUCAUGCGAAUGGGUCGUCACCGUGAGACCUGGUAAAACUAUACAAGUUGAAAUCCAUGAUCUGUCCACGUUAGAAACACAAAAUAAUACGUGUAGAUAUAAUUAUAUUAUGUUGAAAAAUGGAGGAGAUGCUUCUUCUCCUUUACUAGGAACUGGAAAAUAUUGCAGUGACAUAGUAUCUGGACCUUUAGAAACGAUCGGAAACAAGCUUUACGUUCGAGCUGUUGGUCGUGCUAAAAAUCUAAUGUUUAAAUUAACAUAUAGAGAAAUGAGUAUGAAUUGUGGCGGUGAAUUCAUCUUAUCGAAUGAACAGAAGGAUAUAGAGAUCAGUACUCCAAAUUAUCCAAACAUUCCACAUCCUCAUAGCGAAUGUGUUUGGAAGAUCAUGGCGGUUAACGGAGAAAAAAUUUCCAUUCAUUUCAUAGAUAGAUUUGAUUUGUCUUCCAAUAUAAACUGCGAAAAUGAAUACGUUGAAAUAAGAGACGGUGGAACGGACAGUUCGCAAUUAUUAGGACGAUUUUGCAAAGACAUAGCACCUAGCACUAUGACGACGAAAGGAAACAUGAUGUAUAUACAUUUUUAUACUGACGUACCUGAUCCAAAGAAUGGUUUUAAGGCUGUCAUUGUAUCUGGUGAUAUGUGUGGUGGUAUUCUGAGAAGUACGCAAGGUACUCUUAGUUCGCCGGAUUAUCCUCACUCAUACCCUAAAAAAGAAAUCUGUGGAUGGUGGAUAAUCGGUCCACAGGAUCACACCUUGAAAAUUCAAUUCCGUGAUUUGCAUCUUCCAACACGGCGUAAUUGUAAAACAGCUGAUUACGUUGAAAUCUCCGAACAAAUUCCUGGGAAUAAAUCAGAAGUCGAAAUUCUCGGAACAUAUUGCGGAACUCAACUGCCGAAUGUCAUUCAGACAACCUUGAACGAGGCCUUUGUCACUUUCCAUAGUGACGAUCGAGAUUACAUUUCUUUCAGAGGCUUUAGCUUAAACUUUACAUCUAAUUUGGAGGUUUGCGGUGGUGAAAUUACCGCAUUGAGCGGUAUAAUAAAAUCACCUGGAUAUCCAAAUGUAAUAACACGUUCCAGAUAUUGUGAUUGGAGAAUCAAACUACCGUUAGGCUAUCAAGUACUAGUGGAAAUUAUAGAUCUUGGUGCCGUCGAUAAAUCUUUUAGAAACAGCUAUACAUUAUCGUUCUACAAUGAUUUCCAAUUCAAAACAAAAUUUAAAACGCUAAAGGAUAAUACAGAUCUAUCGCAAAUUAAAAGUAGUAGUAACACACUGAUGAUCAAUUAUUGGGCUCCAACUGGUUACAGAGGUUUUAAACUUCUAUAUUCGGCUGCUGCACCUGCUCCUUGCGGUGGAAUACUUACCGAUAUACAAGGUGAAAUAAAAGGUCCACCUGCUCCUUACAAUAUGUCCGCGUACUUAUGUGUAUGGCUGAUUAAACCACCAGAGAGUUUGAUCAAUUAUGGUAAUUACACGGGAUUAACACUGACCUUGAGAACCACUGGCGUUAUUAGUGAAUGCUACAGCUAUACUUCGAUUAGUAUCACAGAUAUUGGUAAAAUUUGUGGUAACAUAACAAAACCAAGAUACCUGAGAAGUCCAUUGAUCGAAAACGAAUUGAAAAUAUUAAAUAGCAGUAGUUCGAAUAUAAAAGGAAUACAAUUUAAUGUAACGUAUCAAUGGCAACCUUGCGGUGGCAUUCUCCAGGGCCCAUCUUAUAUAUCUCACAUUAUAACUAAUCCAAAGAAUAUUUCUUAUCCUAUAAAUUGCGCCUGGCAUGUAAAAUAUACGAACAUCGGUGAAAUGAUAAAUCUUUCCUUCACCAAAUUUGAUUUAGUUAGCAAUUGCGAAAUUGCUUAUAUUAUAGUCAGAAAUGGCGGGCCAAUGUCACCGAAAGUUGGUACUUUCUGUGGAAAUGUAUUACCGGCUGAUAUCUUAAGCAGUUCGAAUCAACUAUGGAUCGAAUAUUAUGCAUCAGCAGCACCUAACGAAUUUGAGAUCAAACUUCAAUUGGCCAAUCAUGGUUGCGGAGGUGCUUUACGAGAUUUUAGCAGAGAGAUUGCUUCUCCUCAAUUCCCGAAACAAUAUCCAAACAAUGCGGAAUGCACAUGGGAAAUAAUGGCGAAUAAUGGUUAUCAUAUAGAAUUGAGCUUUGUAAAUCGAUUCAAUUUGGAAACCAGCACUAAUUGCGAAAAAGAUUACAUACAGAUAUUUGAUUGGAAACCAAAACAUAAUAUUAUUUAUGGAAAUUGGACCGAAUUGGGUAAAGUUUGUGGAAGAGACACACCACAACCGUUUACUUCUACGACGAAUCGAAUGAAAGUUAUCUUUCGUUCGAAUGAAGCCAUACAAGCUGAUGGUUUUCGCGCAAUUUGGAACGAAAAUUGUGGUGGUGUCUUCACUGUAACCGAAGAACGAAAAAUAAUCGUAUCACCUGGAUAUCCGAACGACUAUCAGCCUAACUUAAAUUGCAAUUACACUCUCAUUGCCGAUAAUGACCAGGAUAUCAUCGUCCAAUUUCUUGAAUUUGAGAUCGAACGAAUUUGUCAUUUCGAUAAUUUGACCAUCAUCAGUCAGGAAUAUUCAUUUAUGGCUUCAAAAAAAGAAACUAGGUGUGGCAAUGACAUACCACCUAUACAAAGAUCAGCAUCUCGAAUGGAGAUCAUUUUCAAAACGGAUGCAUACAUUCAAAGGAAUGGUUUUGUAUUCACUUACUUUAUAAAUAAUUGUGGUGGGGUGAUAAACAAACCAACGGAAAUAAAACCUUUAAUGAAUGAGGACAAAUAUUUUGAUCAUAUAAAUUGCACUUGGUUGAUCCAAGCUCCGAAGGAUGACAGUAUAGUACUUCGAUUUGAAAAAUUCGUCACGGAAUCUACCGGAAGCUGCUAUUAUGAUUACGUUGCUGUUUAUGAGAGCGAAUUAAUCGAUUCGGAUAAAUUGAUUGGGAAAGUCUGCGGCAAUUUAACCAAAAAUUUACCCGUCUUCAAAACUGAUUCAAACUAUAUGGUAGUGAAUUUCGUUGCUGAUCAUUCGUUGAGUUAUGAAGGUUUCAUUGGGAAGAUCUUCUUCGGUAGUAGUCCUGCAGCUGGCUGCGGUGGUAUAGUGAAUCUAACCAGUGUCGCAUCAAUGAGUUUUAGAACUCAGAAAGGUGCAACGUACAAAUCGUUUGAAGAUUGUCAUUGGACGGUCUUGACUACAGCAGGAAAAAAUAUUAAAUUGACGAUAAAUAGUAUGGAUAUUAGAACCGAUCCAAGAAACGAUAAUGUUACUGAGGGAUGCCCCAACGAUUAUCUCGAAAUUCACGAUGGAGCAGGACAAUUUGCGGAAUUAUUGGGUAAAUACUGUGGAAGCUUACCACCUCCAGUAAUAAUUGCAAGCACAAACAAACUAUGGAUAAGAUUCUUCAGCGACGGUACUGUCGAAGGAGCCGGAGCAAUCGGAACUUUAGAAGCUCUAGAUUCACCUUGCGGAUUGACUUAUAGAAAGGCUAAUACAACGGCAGCUUAUAUAACGUCUCCUGGAUAUCCCAACUCAUAUGAGCCUGGUAUUCGUUGCCGUUGGACUGUAGAAAAUUCUAAUGAAUAUAGUGAUCUAAUGUUAGUUAGAUUAUUGGAAUUUAAUAUGACAAAUUCAAAAAAUUGCGAGGAUGAAUAUCUAGCGAUCUCAGAUUCCGAAAAUCGAAAAUACAUCGAUCAUGGAUUUGGUGAGAAUUUGAUUUUCUCUGGCACACAUUCAUAUGGAAUAAAUAUCGAAAUGGGAAGUAGCUAUGCCUUUUCGUCAUAUAAAUUUUGCGGAGAAGAAAAACCCUUCGAAUUUUAUAGUUCCAGCAAGGAAUUCAACAUCCGCUUUAAAACAUCCUCACGAGGAAAAGGUUUCAAACUGGAAUACAGCCUAUCUAAUUGCAACCGGAAUUAUACGGCAGAUGAAACUCAAGGUCGAAUCAUUCAUCAAGGAUUCGUAAACUGCUGGAUCACGAUCACUACCUUGCCAAAUCGUACGAUCUCUCUAUACUUUAAUAACUUCAGGCUAUACGAUCAGGAAGGAUGUACGGGUAGUGCUCUACAGAUUCGCGAAGGAGAUUUUAGUGGCAAUGUUUUGGCCACAUUUUGCGGUUUGGAAAGUCCAAGUCCAAUUUUCAGUACAAGCAAUAAACUCAGUCUACAUUCCUGGUCAUCAGAAAAUAGCAAUUAUGAGAGCUAUGAUAUAACUUAUGUUACCACAGACGCAGGACGUGGUUGUGGUGGUACCAUAUUCAAUUAUGGCGGUACUUUCACUUCGCCAUUAUACCCAGAUAUUUAUCGAAAUAAUACUGUGUGUGUUUGGGACGUGAGCGUACCUCGAGGAUUCAAAAUUUUUCUCAAAUUCACAGUCUUCGAUAUUGGCACCAAAAAAACUUGCGAGCGUAAUAACGUGAAAAUUUACGAUUCCAUUAAUGGCGGAGAACGUUUGUUAAGAAAUACUUACUGUGGAGGGGACGAUCCAGCGAGAUUCGAAGCAGAAGGGAAUAGAAUUCUUGUCGAAUAUACUUCGACAAUGAAUAAUAUUGGAACUGGUUGGGUUGCAGUUUUUAUGGCCCAAUCCAUUUCACAUCCGAUUGAGAUAGGUGAUUGGUGAUUAUGGACUUGUAUUAAGACUAGAAAUUGUGACAUUGUAAAUAAUAACUCAGUUAGAUAUAUUUUAAACUUGAUAAUAUAAUGUAAAUAGAUUAAAAUAAAUAACAAUGUGCUCAAAUAUUCAUCUUGCCCUUAAAUUUCGAGUAGAUUUGAAUCGAUUUCUCUCGAAGAAAAACAAACAAUUAAAUGAUUAAGAAGUCUUUCUCUCUAUCUUCUUUUGUCUAUCACAACAAAGAUCUUCUUGGGGAACUUUAAACAUCGACAUUAACCUCUUCAUCGAAGUUCUCCUUGUUAAAACAACAAUCAUGUUCUUCAAAAUUCUCAUUUUCUUCGCAUUCGACUUUAUCUUCCGACACCAACGUCGAUUCUUUCUCUUCUUCCUUAUAAUUAAACUCUUCUAUUUCUCCAUUAAUCUUAUUGUCUACAUGACGAGUCUUAUUUUCGGAUGUCCCAUCCUUAUCUUUUUCUAUAUCAUUUGCAUUAAUAGAAUCUUCGGCGUUCGAUUCCUCUACCUUUUUGUUCUUCAAAUGUUGACACUGGCUCUUUUUUUUCGUCUUUUUGUCAAGCUUAAGCUUCUUAUUUGAUUUAAUUUCUUUCGUGGAAUCAAUGUUAUCCGCAUAAAUCGUGGACUUCGAUUUACUAUGAAUUUUAUUUUUUUCAACCUUAGGAUCUUCAGGUUCUCCGCUGUUAAUAUUGACCAUCUUCGAUUUUUUCUUUUUUUUAUCUUGAUUUUUCAAUUUUUUCGAAUCACGUUCUGUCUCUGUCUUUAUCUCCGCUUUCGUCUCCGCUUCCGUCUCCGCCUCUGUCUCCGACUCCGUCUUCUUUUCCUUCACCUUCUUCUCCUUCAACAUCUUGUUCUCUUCUUCUAAAUCCCUCGGACGCCUUCUAUUAUGCUGUUUAUUCUUCGAGUUUAAAUCUUUAUUCUUGUAUUUUUCCUUCGCGUGUCGUACCUUCUUAUCAUGAUCAGCUUUAACUUCUCCAUUUUUAUUAUGUCCAUUCUUUGACUUUGUCGUGUGAUGCGACUUUUGUGACUCCUUCAAUCCAUCCAAAGAAUUUGGCUCGGAAAAAGAAGAAAUCUUUUUCUUCUUUUUCGAUUUAUCGUGCCCCUUUAAGUCUCUCCCUUCCUUU